AUGAAAAUCUGGGAAAUGGAUAGUGAUAGUGAUAGCGUGGACACUGGUGGCGUAGGCAGUGGUGCCGGAGGGAUUGGUGGUGUAGCUGGUGACGGGGGCAUUGGUGGUGUAGGUGCAAGAGGUAGCGGUAAAGACAAGGGUCCAAAUUUAAGGAGACUUGAGGCGGAAGCUAACCGAAAAUCAAGACAAGAUCUUGCCCAACAAAAUAAUGUACCUCAGCCACCACCACUACGGGUUUUCUCUGAUGGAAGCCGACUCCUUUUUGAUUGGUGUCUGAUACACCCACUUUUGCUUAGCCAUAUUAUUUGUCAAAUCGAAGAAAUCUGUUGGGCAAUAGUUCUUGGCCGAAUUCUCCAAUUCGCUUACAACAAAGACAAUGACAACAUCAACCAGUACAAAGAAUUGGACAUUGACGGCUUUGCCAAGAAAGUGAAGUUGAAGGAAAACGAAAAAGCUCAUAAAAAAGCAAGUGAAAGUAGUAUGGCUGUUGGAUCUCUCAAGAACGCAAUGAAACAUGUACGUGAAGUUGGAAUUGAGAAAAAGAAAGACACUGAAAGGACGAAAUCAAAGACAUUUACGGUUAGAGGUUCUUUUCUUCCCGUAAAAGAUGCAACACCAGAAUUCAUCGUCCGUUUGAUGCAGACUAAAGGUCCUGUUGGCAUGACACUUGAUAUGACGCUUGAUCUUAUGAUCUUGAAGAUGGUACCUAAACCAGUAGAUGGAUUAAAGAGACAUGUUGUCAUUAUUGUAGCACAUGGACUUACUCUAUCUGGAGAAGUGUUUUUUGAUGUGCAGAACACGUGGGGGACUGACUGGGGAGAUAAUGGUCAUGGGAGAAUCAUAAUUACGGGAAAACUGAUGAUAUAUUUUAUCUAG